UUUGAAAUGCCCAGGCCUGGUUAGAUGCGAUGCGGGAAAUAUUAAAUGAAUAAAUUUAUUUGCUCAAAUUAAUAGGAGAAUAUUGUUAUUUAAAAUCAUCCCUUGAAUUGUUUCGAAAAGCAUGAUUUUCCAGCCAGUCUAGCGGUAUCGCCGGUUGGAUUGUCGGAGGAGUUUGGUUUGAUGGCGGUGAGUUUGAUGGAAGCAUUAUAAUUGCACCUUUAGAUGAAGAGAUAAAAAAUAUGUUUUUUCCAUGUCAAGCCACACAGCAGUCAACUUCAAUGCAUAAGAGCAGUGGAACUCGAACAUGGACUCGAUCUGACAUUCUAGCAUUAAUAGAUGCAGUGAAAAACCAUCAGGAAAAAUUCAAGUCCAGUACAAUGAAAAAUGACGCUGUUUGGAAAAUUAUUUCUGCUACAUUGGAAAAAAAAGGAAAAUGUUUCACAGCGACUCAGUGUAAAGACAAAUAUAAGUAUCUCAAAGGAAAAUAUAUGAAAAAAAAAGAUAAUAUGAGUGACAGAUCCAGUGGUGCGGAAUUUAUAAAAUUUGAAUAUUUCCACGAAAUGGACGAAUUUUUGGGAACGUCCCAUAAUGCAAACCCUAUUGCCUUGGCUUCUAACAUCAAAAAGCACCAAGUCCCAGACACAGAAGAACGCAAGAUGUUAGACAGUGAUGAUAAUGACACUGAUACAUCGGAGCCUAGUUUGAAGAAGAAAAAAAUUGCCACUAAGCGAAAAUUGCCAGAAAAGGAGAGUCCCCUUCAGAAAUAUGUCAAAGAGUUACAUGAAAAUACAAAUAAAAGAGAAGAUAAUAUGGAAAGACGCCAUAAAGAAAAUGUGGAAUCACGCAAAGAAGCAUUAAAUGUCUUUGCUCAAAAAAUGGAUGCUAUUAUAUCAAUAAUGGCUAAUAAAAACAAGCAAUAGAGAUAAUAAAAAAAAUUACAAUUUUUUUUGUUAUUUUGUUCAAAAGUUUAUUUGUUG